CUACAAGUUCAUGCUGUCUAUCGUUUUUAUACCCUCUUAUGGGUCCUCUUCUUCACUUAAUCAUCAUCGACUCCUCCAAUGUUCUCUUUCCUUCUUCUUCCUCAAAUGGCUACUACGACCCUUUCUUUCUUCAACUCUGCUUCCGCUUCUCUUUCACCUCACUACCAUCUCAUCUUCACUGCCUUAGCUUUUCUUUUCUCAUGCCUUAUUUUCUUGCUCACACAGAAAACCAAAUCCAGAAAGCUUAACCUUCCACCAGGACCCCCUGGAUGGCCAAUUGUUGGUAACCUCUUUCAAGUUGCACGUUCUGGGAAACCUUUCUUUGAUUAUAUCAAUGAUCUCAAAGGCAAAUAUGGCUCAAUUUUCACCCUUAAGAUGGGUACAAGGACAAUGAUCAUAAUCUCUGAUGCUAAACUUGUGCAUGAGUCAAUGAUCCAAAAGGGUGCAACCUAUGCCACCAGACCCCCAGAGAAUCCAACAAGAAACAUAUUCAGUGCAAACAAGUUCACUGUGAAUGCAGCAGUGUAUGGCCCAGUUUGGAAAUCACUGAGAAGGAACAUGGUGCAGAACAUGCUUAGCUCGACCAGGCUCAAGGAGUUUCGUAGUGUUAGGGACAACGCAAUGGACAAGCUUAUCAACAGGCUUAGAGUUGAAGCAGAGAAGAACAAUGGGGCUGUUUGGGUGCUCAAAGAUGCUAGAUUUGCUGUGUUCUGCAUACUUGUGGCUAUGUGUUUUGGUCUUGAGAUGGAUGAAGAAGCAUUGGAGAGAAUAGAUCAGGUUAUGAAGAGUGUUCUCAUCAUACUGAAUCCGAGAGUUGAUGACUAUUUACCAAUUCUAAGCCCAUUUUUCUCAAAGCAGAGAAAGAGAGCUAUGCAAGUUCGAAAAGAACAGGUUGAGUUCAUAGUCCCUUUGAUUGAGCAGAGAAAGAGAGCACUCCAAAACCCAGGAUCAGAUCACACAGCCACAACCUUUUCCUAUCUAGACACACUCUUUGAUCUCAAAGUUGAAGGGAAAAAAUCAGUACCCUCAGAUGCUGAAUUGGUGACACUAUGCUCAGAGUUCCUUAAUGGUGGCACAGACACAACAGCAACUGCAGUUGAGUGGGGCAUAGCACAAAUCAUAGCCAACCCUGAGAUUCAAACAAAAAUGUUCCAAGAAAUUAAGAUGACAGUGGGAGACAAGAAAGUUGAUGAAAAGGAUGUUGAGAAAAUGCCGUACCUACAUGCUGUGGUUAAGGAGCUACUAAGGAAGCAUCCUCCAACACACUUUACACUCACACAUUCUGUGACUGAACCUACCACUUUGGCAGGGUAUGACAUACCAGUUGAUGCAAAUGUUGAGGUCUACAUUCCAGCUGUUGGUGAUGACCCCAGAUUGUGGUCCAAUCCUGAAAAGUUUGACCCUGAAAGGUUCAUUUCUGGGGGUGAGGAAGCUGACAUAACUGGGGUCACAGGAGUGAGGAUGCUGCCAUUUGGUGUUGGAAGAAGGAUAUGUCCUGGUUUGGCUAUGGCCACUGUGCAUAUUCAUCUUAUGCUGGCUAGGAUGGUGCAGGAGUUUGAGUGGAGUGCAUACCCACCAGGCAAGAUGUUGGAUUUCACUGGGAAAUUGGAGUUCACUGUGGUCAUGAAGGAAUCUCUAAGGGCAACCAUCAAGCCAAGAGGGGAUACAGUCCAGUUGUAAAUUUUUUCUUGUUUCUGGUUUUUACAAUAUAUAUAUUUUAUAUAUACAUCAUGCAUGUUGUGGUUUGCAUACAACUGAAACGUUUCAUCCCAUUAUUAUAAUCUUUAUUAUUCAUCUUUGUCCGUUGGAGAAUUUUGUCUUGGUGUUGUCAUAAAAUGGAUCUCUAUUGGAUAUUUAUAGUUUACCUUAUUUAUAUGAACAUCCUUGUUGAAGCAAUCCACAUGUAGCUGUAGUCUUGUAGACAUCGCUUUUCUUAUUGUUAAUGGAAGGUUAA